CAGGCCACACCGAUUGGCCCCUGCGAUUGUCAGGCUCCUCGGCCGACGCAGCGAUACUUCGUAGCCACGGGCGGGGCACCGGUCGUCAAACUGAAUUACCGGCAGCAGGCGAAAACUUACCCGAGCUGUUCUGUCGUCUAUGGGAAUGUACUGGAUACUGCGUGGGAAAAUUGGACUCAGUCAGCAAUUUUUGAGAACGUCCUAACGUUGGAAUGUUAAUUCGAUAACGCACAUCCUGAAUCAGAUUUGAAGCUCCGACUAUUCAUUUUUUAAACUUAUUAUUAUAUUUUGUUUGUUGUGUACGAUGAAGUGACAGCACAUCCUCUAUUAUCUGAGAUCUCAAGAUUUCAGCGGAACUAUUUUUUUCGCCACUUGUCGUGGUUGACUCGGGACCAGAGUAAGGCUGGCUGGUUUGUGGAGAAGCAGGCAUGGCUGAACCCAGGCGAGACAGCAGCAGCAGUUUGCAGAGGAAGAAGCCCCCAUGGCUCAAAUUGACCAUUCCUAGUGCUCAGGCAUCCCUAGAUGAACCACCCACCUUCAUUCAGCCCGGGAAGAGGCAAGGCUUUCUCCGCAGCGUCAGCAUGCCCGUUGAAACCUCCCAUCUCGCCUCACCACCACGUGACCUUUUUGACCACCGGCGAGCUCCGCUGCAGCACCAGACCUCCAUCACACAGACCAUCAAGAGCAUCAGGAGGGUCCACUUUGAGCGGAUACACACAGUGCCCGUUAAGGGUCACCGCGCUGGACGCCAUAGUUUCAGGAAGCACCAGUCACUCUCCAGAACCCUGAUCAGGGGCACAGCUGACUGGUUUGGGGUCAGCAAGGAUGGCGACGCGACACAGAAGUGGCAGAGGAAGAGCCUGCGACACUGCAGCCUGCGCUACGGUAAGCUGAAGCCCCAGGUUAUCCGGGAGAUGGAGCUACCCAGCCAGGACAACAUCUCCCUAACUAGCACGGAGACGCCGCCACCACUCUAUGUGCCCUCAUCCCAGCACGGCAUACCCAAGAUCGUUGACCCACUGGCACGUGGGCGGGCCUUCCGCAUGAUGGACGAGGUGGAUGGCUACAGUGUUCCCCAUACGCCCAUCACACCCGGUGCCACCUCCCUCUGCUCCUUCACCAGCUCCCGCUCCGGACUCAACCGGAUACCACGGCGACGCAAGCGUGAGUCUGUGGCCAAGAUGAGCUUCAGGGCAGCAGCAGCACUUGUCAAGGGACGCUCACUAAAAGAAGGCACACUGCGGCGAGCUCACAGACGCAGUUUUACUCCAGCUAGCUUCAUUGAGGAGGACGUGGUGGAUUUUCCAGAUGAGCUGGACACCUCCUUCUUCGCCAGGGAUGUGCUAAUGCAGGAGGAGCUGUCAACGUUCCAUGACGAGGUGUUUGAGUCUCCCUCCGACUCCACCAGCAAGGAUGUGGACAGCAAGCAGUUGGAUGAGUCAGAGCUGACGGGUAGUGCCCUGGACAAGAGCGAGCUGGAGAGGAGUCACCUCAUGCUACCUCUGGAGCGAGGCUGGAGAAAGGUCAAAGAGGGAACGCCGGCGCCGCCCAAAGUGCGGCUGAAACAGGAAGUGGUCAGCGUCAAUGGGCAGCGACGAGGCCAGCGCAUUGCUGUGCCUGUCAAGAAGCUCUUCGCCCGUGAGAAAAGGCCAUAUGGGCUGGGUAUGGUGGGCAAACUGACCAACCGCACGUACCGCAAACGCAUUGAUAGCUAUGUGAAGAGGCAAAUUGAGGACAUGGAUGAUCACCGGCCUUUUUUCACCUACUGGAUCACAUUUGUCCACCUCCUCAUCACCAUCCUGGCUGUUUGUAUUUAUGGCAUAGCACCUGUGGGCUUCUCCCAACAUGAGACCGUUGAUUCUGUUCUAAGAAAUAAAGGUGUCUAUGAGAAUGUGAAGUUUGUGCAGCAAGAGAACUUUUGGAUUGGACCAAGUUCGGAGGCGCUGAUCCAUCUGGGAGCCAAAUUCUCACCCUGUAUGCGACAGGACCAGGAAGUGUAUGAUCUGAUCCGGCAGAAGCGUGAUCUAGAACGGAACUCAGCCUGCUGCGUGCGCAACGACCGCUCAGGGUGCCUGCAGACUUUGGAGGAGGAGUGCUCGAGCACUUUGGCCGAGUGGGUGAAGUGGCCCCAGCACCCCAGCACCCCUCAGCUGGAGGGCAACCCCAGGCAGUACGGCUCCGUGUGCCACCAGGACCCCAGGAUAUGCCUCGAGCCAGCCUCCGUGUCACCUCAUGAAUGGCCUGAUGACAUCACCAAGUGGCCAAUCUGCACCAGGUAUAACACAGGGAACCACACCAACCUACCCCACAUCGACUGCACCAUCACCGGCCGGCCCUGUUGCAUCGGAACUAAGGGGAGGUGCGAGAUCACAUCAAGGGAGUACUGUGACUUCAUGAAAGGUUAUUUCCAUGAAGAGGCAACACUAUGUUCCCAAGUGCACUGUAUGGACGAUGUGUGUGGCCUCUUGCCCUUCCUGAACCCAGAAAUCCCAGACCAGUUCUACAGGCUGUGGCUGUCUCUCUUCCUGCAUGCUGGGAUUCUGCACUGCUUGGUUUCAGUGCUGUUUCAGAUGACUAUCCUGAGAGAUCUGGAGAAGCUGGCUGGCUGGCUACGUAUCUCCAUCAUCUACAUCCUAAGUGGCAUCACAGGAAACCUGGCCAGUGCCAUCUUCCUGCCCUACAGAGCUGAGGUGGGUCCAGCUGGGUCACAGUUCGGCAUCCUGGCCUGCCUGUUCGUGGAACUAUUCCAGAGCUGGCAGAUCCUGGCACAGCCUUGGCGUGCCUUUGUCAAGCUGCUGUGUGUGGUCCUCUUCCUCUUUGCUUUCGGCCUGCUGCCCUGGAUCGACAACUUCGCCCACAUCGGUGGCUUUGUCUCAGGCUUCUUCCUCUCCUUUGCCUUCCUCCCCUACAUCAGCUUCGGUCGCAUGGACAUGUACCGUAAGCGCUGCCAGAUCCUGGUCUUCCUGGCCGUAUUCGUGGGCCUGUUUGCCGGCCUGGUGGUGCUCUUCUACGUCUACCCCAUCAAGUGUGCAUGGUGUGAGCUGCUUACCUGCAUUCCCCUGACGGACAAGUUCUGUGAGAAGUACGACCUCAACGCCCACCUCCACUGACAAAGCAGCAAACGGACAGGAGGUGGGGCUUUGGGGAGGGAGGGGAUUGGAUUGGACUGUUGUUGCACAUCAGUUCUGUGCCUGUCAGGGAAUGAAGAUAAGAUGGACAUUGUCCUGCCCCUCUGAGGUAAUUUCUGUGUGAUCUUGGAUGAUGCUUGUGUUGUAUAAUUUUUUAAACUCUCAGUACAAGUUGGAAUGCCACCUUUGACCAUUGUGAUGAUUCUGAAAAUGUUUUUUAGGUUUCCCCAAAGUCAUUUUUGUUGGUUGAACAGGGUGUCUUGUGAUGAUGUCGUCUUUAAAAUAUGGACACCCUAGCCCCACUCUCUCACACUCAGUUCCUUGUCGGUCUAUGGGGUGUGAGUCUAAUCACCGGUACAACAAACAGAACAAUACCUGAUUAAAAAAACAUCAUUUUGAACUUCUCUUGUUUUAGCAUGUCACUAAAUCAUAUUUUAUGAUUGUUCAGACAACCUCAGAAUCCAGGGACAGAAAAGAAAAACAAUCUAUACCUUUGGUGCCUUGGUAAAUGUAACUACUACUGCCAUAUUUUGGUCACAUGUCAAGCAUUCAAAUGUUAUUCUUUUAUUUCUGUACUGCUUCAAAUGGAGUAAUGAUUAAAUACUUAAGGGUAGUGUUUUAGCUACCUAUUCACUCACUUGUUACAAAAUACAUCUUAAAACAAUAUGCACCUCA